AUGGCGAAAUACCAAGACUCUGGCAAGGCAUUCAAGGUUGUCCUUCUUGGUGACCGUAAUGUGGGAAAGACGUCCCUCGCAAAGUGGUGCCAAUCCGAAGGAUAUACAGACGAGUACUCUCAAAGUCAUGAGCCAUCCGUAUAUCGUUUGUUGGUAGACACGAACCGUGGUUCUAUCAAUUUCGACAUAUGGGACAUGCCCGGUGAAGUCGACUCCCCAGACACGCUAAGGGAACACGUCGAUGACGCGGAUGCUGCAAUCUUGAUGUUCGAUUUGCAAAGCCCAUCGACUCUGGACAGCAUCCCUCUGUGGUACGACAAGCUCCCCAUAGAAAAGGGAAAUUUCCCCGUCGCCCUGUGUGGCAACAAAGUAGAUCUCCCUUACAGGAGACUGGGUCCUGUAUCAAUUACUUUCCAUCGAGAAAAGGGCCUUGAGUACAACGAUAUAUCUGUCAAAGAAGGCUACAAUCCAAUCCGACCAUUUUUGUUUCUGGCAAGGCGAAUCCUGCAUGAUCCAUCGUUGGAGCUCGAACAGGCGAAAGCUCAAACCGACCCUAUCUCACCUCAGCAGUCGGGCCUGCUUCACCUCGAGCCCGUCGAGCUCUCGUCAACCCGCGGCGGAAGUGGCUUGCUGACGCAACACCGGUAUAAUACUGGAGAUCGAGACAGCCCGCCUAGCAAGGGACCAAGAGCGUUCCAUGCAGACGACGAUUCUCCACAUUCUACCGAACGUGAGGUGUUUAAUUCAUCAAUCUGUGUCCCUCCGGAUACGGCCAUAGAUUCCGAUAUUCAGCGACGCCUCAAACGAAUGAUCUUAACCCUUCAGCAGCAUCCACACAUACGAGUCACGGAAGCAAGACUGGAUCCACCUACACCGCAGCCUAAAAUAGAUCAGGCAAAAGAAUACGCUCAUGGUAUUCUGCCCGACGGCGUCGAGAAGUUCUAUUCCCAAGUCGGCUCUUUUACUCUCGAAUGGGAGCAUACAUCUCCUGAGCUGACCGUAGGGGACCUUCCAUCUAGGGGCCGCAUCCAAAUUCUCCCCAUCACCGAAACUUUUGGUGACAACUGGCGCGAUAUCACCUGGUUCCCUCUACCGGAUCAUAUAGAACCACGACCAGAUGAUGAGUGGAGAUUUACCUAUCGCAGAGUACUACCGUUUGACUUCUUUACUCCUGAGGCUUGCUUGUGUUUCAUUCAGACGCCAGGUGGAAUCCCCGAAGACCAUGUCGCAUACCACUACUUUGGGGAGGAACUUUAUAGGACACGGUAUACCUUUGGAGACUACAUUGAGCGACUUCUUGCCUCAUACGGAUUCUGGUACUGGGGAGAGACACUGUGCUCAGAGACGAGAUCGAGUGCUCAAGUGCUUUCCUUCAGGGCCAACAUGCCUCAGAUCUUCGAAGGGUACGAUGAUGGGCUUUUUCAGCCAUAG